UUAUCAUUUGCAACAUUCACAGGAAUGAGCUGCAAAUAAGAGAGUAUGAUUAAAAAGAUAGACAGAGGAAGGGACAGACAGACAAAAAGAUACAAAAAAGAAAGAGAUGAUGAUUGUGAUGAGAGCGCUCCCUUGAUCCCUCCUCCUGGACGAUUCUUGUUAAUGUUACCAGUUUUUUGAUUCUCAGUGUCACUGUCACUUGUACAUUUCACCAAUCUCAACACAAUUUAUACCAUUUUUAUACCUUUAACCCUAAACAGUUUCAAAUUGUAACCCAAAAGUAUCAACAAUCAAAAGUAUACAUCUUUUGGUAUCUUCUGGUUCACUCAAUCAUCAGUGUCAACUCUUUGUCAUCAGUUAAACUAAGCUCAUCAUGUGGUCAGGAACAGUUGGUCUUGUCAAUGGUCAACACAAAUAUUUAACCGCUGAAACCUUUGGCUAUAAAAUUAAUGCUAAUGGUGUUGCCCUUAAGAAGAAACAACAAUGGUCUAUUGAACCUUUCCCUUUGAAUUCUGCAUCUAAUGGCGCUUCCAAUGGAAAUGGAUUAGAUGAAUUAGCUGAACUUGAAAUUGUUGCCCUUAAAUCUCAUCUUGGUUGUUACCUGGAGGUUGACAAUUUUGGCAAUGUCAUUUGUGAAAACAAAGAACGAUCUGAAGGAGCUCGAUUCAUCAUCAAUAUUUGUGUCAUGUCAAAUGAAAAAGGAGUCUCUUCCAUCUAUUGGGCUUUCCGUAAUAUUUCACGAGGAUAUUAUUUAGGAGCGACCGGCGAUGGUAUGACUUGUUGUGUUGCCAAACAACCUCAAUCACGAGCUGAACUGUGGCACGUUCAUUUGGUCCCAGCUCGUGGAGCAACCAUGUUUGCCCUUAAAUCGGUUGGCCGUAAACGUUAUGCACGAACCCAGGCUGUGGAAAGCAGUCAAAAUGGUACUAACAACAAGCCCAGUGAACCAGUUGAAGAGCAGGUACAAGUGGAUGCAACUACACCUUGGGGCUCAGAAACACUGUUUCAAUUUAAAUAUUAUGAAAGUGGACGUUAUGCUCUAUUAACCUCAACCUGUAAAUAUUUGACCAGUGAAGGAAAUUGCAUUGAAUUUAAAGGAAUCUCAUCGACCAAUGGAUCAAAUGGUUCCAAUGGAGUUGCUGCCAAAAUUGCUGGCUUCACCAAUGGAUCAUCACCGGCUGCUUCAAAUACAUCCGCUUUACCACCAGCUGAGUGUCUUUUUACCAUUGAAUACCAUGGUGGGUUCAUUGCAUUCCGUGACAUUAAUGGACGCUAUUUGGCUGGAACUGGACGUUCCUCAGUCCUUCGCACUCGAUCAAACAAUGUUUCUCGUGAUGAACUGUUUACCUUUGAAGAAGCUCCCAUUCAAAUUGCAUUAAGAGCUGGUUUCAAUAAUAAAUGGGUCAGUGUGAAGCAAGGAGUCGAUUUGUCUGCCAAUCAAAAUGAAAUUACUACUCAAUUUGAAACCUUUCAACUUCAAUAUGACAAAGGUAAUGAUACUUGGCACAUUUUAACCAAAGAUGGCAAUUAUUGGGCUCUCGGUGCUGCAUCGACUAUCCAAGCUUCAUCUCGUGAUGAAAAAUCUGGCUUACACUUUAAAUUGAAAUGGAAUGACGAUGGAACCUGUUCAAUCCUUUUAUCCUCUGACCCAGGAGCAUCUGAAGAUGACAUGAAAUGGAUCUGUAACCGUAAAUCCGGACAACUCUGUAUUGGAACCUCUGAUCCAGUUAAAUUUUAUCUCAUGUUCCGUAAUCGAACCUCACUUAACCUUCGAUCCAUCUCUGCAAGUGGUUUCAUUGGACUUAAAGGGCCUGGCUCGGGUAAACUUGAAUCAAGUAAAACAAGUCCAGAUUCAAUUAAAGUUGAAUACUGUUCUGCUGAAGGCGUUGGUGAUUCCGAUGAUGAUGCACCAUUUUCCUGUUGUUUUUUCAAAAUGCCGGUCAACAAUAAAUAUUGGUCCAUUGUUGAUGCAGGAUCAGUUGCUUGUGACUCUUCAUCACCCACUUGUGCCCAACGAUGGGUCAUGGAGCUGCGAACUGGAUCUUGCAUUGCCAUUAGAGCUUAUGAAACUGGAUCUUAUUUGACUCUUACAGGCCAAGGAGCUAUUCAAGUUAGCAAUGUAGCAUCAAAAGAUGCAACUCUUUGGGAAUUUUAAGGCAUCAAAAGAGCUUAAUUGAAAAUGGACCCAAAAAUGUAUCCAAAAGGUCCAAUCAAACUUGUUUUUUUUAUUACUUUCAAUUUAUAAAUCACCAGCAUCGAUUUAUGACAAUUCAGCAAUUAUGAAAAGUUUAAUUUAAAGUCACUAGAAUUGCAAUGAGUAACCUUAAUCGACUGAACCAGUGACCAGGAUAAAGACUUGUUUUGGGUUAAUUCAAUUUCUACGUGCUAUUCCAAAUCAUGAUUUAUCAGCAAUUUGCCAAAAAGACUUAACAAAGCACUUACAUUAUUGAACAAUAAUAAUUGAAAAGAGCGGACAAAUUAGACAAUUUAUAAAUUAUCUUUGUAUGGUGCAAGGGACAAAGAUAACUUCCAUUCAUUACAUCGUUCCAUCUUUAUCAAAUCUUUGGCCGUUUACGUUUGUUUACUCAUCAAUUUUACACCCUUUUUGCAUACAUCAACUCAUGAUGCCAAGGAAACUGAUAAUUCUGAUUUUGCUAACAUUGUUUUUUUCAUACCAUUUUUAAACGUGAUCUUUUUAACAGGCAGUCGAACUUUGUAUUGUAAUUUGACUAUUCUUUUGCCUGAAAAAUAGAUUUUCAAAUUUUCUUUUGAUUGCACACAUUUACAGGACGAUUCAAAACUUAAAUCAAUUUCAUGAUGGAUAUUCCUCUUUUUUACAUCAACUCUAAUAUUCCUGAUAUAUUACUUUGUAGUGUUUGCUUAAUCAAUUUCAGUACGAUCUGUUAUUACAGUAAUUAUCCCUUUCUAUCACGAUAAAUCUUUAAGUAACUGAUCUUAUGGCAAUUUAACCUGAGAUAUAUCUUAUUAGUUUAUGGUAUUACUUAAUAAAUAAAAUAUCUACUUCCAAUUGUCUAAA